GAAAUUUGAAGUUUUCUCUCUUUUUCUUGUUUAUUUCUUGCUAUAAAUAUCGCAUCCGAUGACACUGUCAGCAAGAUCCAGAGCGGAGAGUUUCAGUCUCAGCCGCAGUAGAAGGAAUCUCAAGGUCAGGAAAUGGCGAAAAUGGAGGAUCGAGAAGUUCGAUCUCACCCUCUGUUGAGAAGACGAAGAACAGAGCUCAGCCAUGGCUUCUCUUCCUCGCAAAUGGAAGCCAUGGCCGCCUUCUGUGAAGCUAUCAUUCCCCCGCUGCCUCUCGUCAAGGAAGAUCCACUCCAUCAAUCGCUUCUUGCAUUCUACGAAGCUUCCGCUUCUCAAGCCCCGAUUCCUGAUGAGGUAGCGGCGCUAUUGGUGGAUAGGGCUAAUCCGAAAGCUGUGUUUCUUGUGAAAUUGGUUCUGAGGCUUCUGUCUUUUAGAAUUGGAACAUUGUUGCUUUGUGGAUAUCUUUGCUUUGAUUGGAGAUGGCCUUUCGUUCUCAAAUUCUCUGAGAUUUCUCUGGAGAAGAGAGAACAGAUUCUCAAGGAUUGGUCUGUGGCUCACCAGAGGUAUACUGUGCUCCUGAGAAUGGUUUUUAUGAUCAUAAAAAUGUUCUGCUGCUUCAAAUUCUUCUCCAGGGUACGCUUUCUCUGAACAUUCUCAGUUCCUUUUUCCUGUAUCUGUGCUUUAGUGUUCAUAUUCAACAUUGCUUUGAAGAUUCUGGUUAAGGAUGAUGAUAAGUGGAUGUAAGUGUGUGAUCUCACAUUAGUUGGAGAGAAGAACGAAAUAUUCUU